GGCCGCAUGUGCGAAGUGGGGACGCGGCCGCCGCCGGCCGCCGAGCCGCCCGCGGCCGCCGCCGCCGAGAGGUGCCGAGACAUGGGAGAGCAGCCCAUCUUCACCACCAGAGCCCACGUCUUCCAAAUCGACCCAAGCACAAAGAAGAACUGGGUCCCCGCGAGCAAGCAGGCCGUAACUGUUUCCUACUUCUAUGACAGCACGAGAAACAGCUACCGGAUUAUCAGCGUGGAUGGAGCCAAGGUGAUCAUAAACAGCACAAUCACACCUAAUAUGACCUUUACUAAAACAUCGCAGAAAUUUGGCCAGUGGGCGGACAGCAGAGCAAACACUGUAUUUGGUUUGGGCUUUUCUUCUGAACAGCAGCUGACAAAGUUUGCGGAGAAAUUCCAAGAAGUAAAAGAAGCUGCGAAACUAGCAAGAGACAGAUCUCAAGAGAAAAUUGAAACCUCAAGCAAUCAUUCCCAGGAAUCUGGGCGAGAAACACCAUCUUCCACUCGUGCAUCCAGUGUGAACGGGACAGAUGAUGAGAAAGCGUCACAUGGCGGUCCUGCUGAUGCACAUCUGAAGUCUGAGAAUGAUAAAUUAAAAAUUGCUCUAGCCCAAAGCUCAUCCAAUGUAAAGAAGUGGGAGACGGAGCUGCAGACGCUGAGGGAGAGCAACGCCAGGCUGACCUCGGCCCUCCAGGAUUCCGCUGCCAGCAUCGAGCACUGGAAGAAACAGUUCUUGGCGUGCAAGGAGGAAAAUGAUCAACUCAGGAACAAGAUUGAAGAACUGGAGGAACAGUGCAAUGAAAUAAAUAAAGAGAAGGAAAGAAAUGCACAGCUGAGCAGACGUCUCCAGGAACUGGAAACAGAACUUCAAGACAAAGAGCUGGAACUGGAGGAGCUCCGAAAACAGGGUGAAAUUAUACCACAGCUAAUGUCAGAAUGUGAAUCUGUAUCUCAAAAAUUACAGGCUGCUGAGAAAAAGAACAAAGAUCUUGAAGAGAAAGUCGUAACACUAAGGACAGAAGUUGAAGAGAGCAAACAUAGGCAGACCAACCUUAAAACUGAAUUAAAGAAUUUUUUAGAUGUACUAGAUGGGAAGAUAGAUGAAUUACAUGAUUUCCGACAAGGACUGUCUAAACUUGGGGUUGACAACUAGAUGGCAAUAGAUUUUUGUAAUCUAGAGUCUGGAUGUUUGAUGUUUUCUUGAUCCCAAAUGUGUGUUUUACAAAAUAUAAUUAGAAUGUUCCA